AUGCGACUUUUUGUGCUCCUCAGUAUCAUUGGUAUGGCGGCCGGUCAGUACACAUCGCAAACCUAUCCAGAUCCACGACUGGAUCCGCUCACGUGUCGGCUACCUUUCGCCAGCAACGUCUGUGACCCGUCCGCCGUGCUUGCAGAUGAAGAUCGUGUACGCCUCAUGCAAAAGAUCAACCAGUUCCGACCAAUCACUUCUGGCAUUCGCAAUACAUCACCAGCUUGUGCAUUUCAACCGGAGCGAAACCUCGACAUCUUCUUAGUGAUUAUGGACAAAAUUGGAAGCGUACCCGGAGCACCUGUAGAUAUCGAGAAAUUCGCCAACAACCUCAAAAGACGUUUCCAGAAUUAUCAG